AUGUUACUGCAAUCUAAAAUUUGUGGGAACAGAAAUUCUAAAGUGACUCCGAUCGACGUUCGACCAAAACGAAAUAAUUUUGUUCCGAAGAGGCCUGUUUCGUCGAUCCAAGCAAUAAAGUACCAGAUAUGUGCAGCAUUACUGUUUGGGAUCAACAGAUUAUACCUUCUAAAUCCCAACAGAUUUGUUCUAAUCUUGAGUUUGGCCCAUACAAUUUUCAUGCCCAUUUUGGUCUGGGGUAUUAUGUUUAAUGCUGACGAAUUAUCCGCUACGUACUUCGUCUUCAAGACAGUGUACUGUUUUUAUAUAAUGAUGCUGAGUCACGAUUGUGAGCAGAUCUUGUUCUUCGUUCUUUUAAGAACAAUUUAUGCCAGACUUUCUAUUAUAAAGGCGCACGUUUUGAAGGUGUUUUCUUCGGAAACCAGAACGGAUAAUUAUAGAAGGAAGUUGAAUAAAGUUGAAGCGUUGUCGAACAAUGCACAGCUUGAUAUUAGUUCUUUGCACCGGGUCUACGAUUUGCUUCACAAGUGUGCGGAACAACUUAACUCCAUUAUGAGUUUGUCGAUGAUAGUAAUUCUAUUGACUGCGGGACUGUCAACGACAAUGCUGCUGAAAAUGAUGGUCAAAGUUAUACAGACAGUUACCGUCAGCAAUACUUUCGGCAAGUCAACGAUAAUAUACCUGUUCGGUCGUGGUAUGAAGUUCACCGGUCUGGUGGUGGUUCCCUGUUACUACUCGAGAGUGACGUCAUCUCAGGUGGCUGCCAUACGGACGUGUCUGCACGAUGCUGUGAACUCCAAGCCUUUAGAUAAAAUCGAGCGUCGUAAAGUGAAAGCCUUCUUUCAGCUGACGCGGGAAAAUGAAUUCACUUACGCCCUAGGAGGAGUGAUUAGGCUCAAUAUGUCUUUGCCUCUGAGUUACAUGAGCCUAUGUACAACCUACCUAGUUAUAUCUAUACAGUUUUCUAAGUUUUUUGACUAA